AUGGUGAUAGACGAAUCAAUACAACAGAUACUUACAAAAUAUUCACGUUUUAAAAUUCGUGAUUAUCAAAAUCAUACAAGAAAUUCGAUUGAAGAAUUAGAACAUCUCAUUUCAUUAAUAGAAACAAGAAAAUCAACUUUUUCUUAUUCAUUACAAACUUUAAGUGAUAUUAUUCAAAUAAUUAUUUCUUCCAUUGAUCGAACAACAUUAUGGAAGGCAAAAGGCAAAAUGUAUGAACAACAACUUGCUCAAAUAGUAUGUCAAUUAUUCAAAUGUUUGUGUAAAUUAGAUGCGAAAUAUGCAGUAAAUGAGCAAGGCGUAACAAUUAUGCGUUCAAUUCUUCAAUGGUUGAAAGAUGAUACUGAUUUUUGUUUAACAAAAUCUAUCAGUCAAGAUUUACAUUUAGCAAUAUAUUCAUGUCUUGAACAAUAUUCUCUUAGUUGUAAAAAUCGAGAAGAUUUUCUUAAUGAAUUAUUUUCUACUUCAUCUGUACAUAAAUCACAUUCAUCAUCUGUUGUAUCUUGUUUCAAUUUUCAUAACCGUAGAAAAUCAGCAAUACAUGAAUCUUUAUCAAUAAUUGAUUAUAGUGCUCGACUUGUUAUCUAUCUUCUCGAAUCUUCAUUAGUUACCUCAUCAUUAUUAAUUAAUCAAAUUUUAACAUUUUUUUUAUUAUAUGCUCCAAUUCAACGUUUUUCCGUUUAUCUUGUUAAUCAUACUGAUUUUUAUCGUUCGAUUAUUGUACCAUUAUUAUCAACAAAAAAUACAGAUUAUUUUGUACAAUGUAUUAUUGAUGAAACAGCACGUUCACAAACAGAUUCAAAUGAUCGAGUAUUUGUUUUUACACAUAUGCUUAAUUUAGUUGGUGAAUUCGUUUUACAUCCUGGAAUCGAAAUUCAUAGUUGUUCAUUUGCAUCUACAUUUAAAUAUCUAUUCGAUGCUCUUAUCGAAUGUGGAACAACAGUUCCUCUAUUAUAUCUUGUUAAAUGUUUAAGUAAUUUAUUAACAAAUGAAAAUGUCGAAACUGAUCUUCUUGCACAAGAAAUGAAUCGAUUUAGUUUAAUUCACUCUAUAAUUAAUUAUACAUCCAUUCUUAUACAAAAUUCUACUCUUGGUGAAGGUCAAAUGAUUUUAAAACAAUUACAUAAUAAUGUUAUAACAUCAUGUCUAUCAAUCCUUUAUAACAUAUCAACAUUAAAUCACGAGAUACUUGAUAUAAAUGUUAUAAUAAAUAAAAUAUGUCGACCACUUUUUAAAUCUGAUAUGCAACAAAUACGUCUUAUCUCUUGUUUACUUUAUUCAAAUUUACUUACACAAAAAGAACUUGAAUCUGAUAAUGCAUGUCAUCAUUUAUGUGAACAAUUAUUUUUUUCAAUACGUCAAGCAUAUUUAAGUUCGAAUUAUCAUUUAUGUAAUCAAAUCUCAUUAUUUAGUUUAGUUAAUUGUUUAAAAAAAUUAUGUACACAUAAACAAUUUCAAAAACGUAUUGGUAAACAAGAUGAAAAUAUUGAAUUAUUAUUUGAAAUACUUCGUCAAUUUCAUUUAUCAAUUGAACAACAAGAAGAAAUACAAAUUAUACUUCAAUCUAUAUGGUUUUUAUCAUUUGAAUAUACAUGUGCAACAAAAAUUCAUAGUCAUGAUAAAUAUUUUGCUUUAUUAGUACAAUUAGCAGAAACAAAUCCAAAUGAAAUGAUACAACAAGCAGCUAAAGGUAUACUUUGGCAAUUAAGACAAACAAUGACGAAUACAAUUAAUGAACCAAUUGUAUCAAAUUCAUCUCAACAUAUUAUGUUUAGUUAUAAUCAUGAUACAAAAGAAAUUGUUCAAAAAAUUUGUCAAAAUCUUCGAAAUUCUGGUUAUCGAACUUGGAUGGAUAUUGAUGAUAUGCAUGGAAGUACAUUAGAUUGUAUGGCACAUGCAGUUGAACAAUCAUGUGUUAUCAUAAUAUGUAUGACGGAAAAAUAUAAACAAUCACCUAAUUGUCAAAGUGAAGCUGAAUAUGCUUAUCGAUUAAAGAAACCUUUUGUACCAAUAUUAUUACAAUCGAAAUUUAAACCAGAUGGAUGGUUAGGUUUACUUCUUGGAACUAAAUUAUAUAUUGAUUUUACUAAAAGUGAUUUUGAUUCGAAUUAUAAAAGACUAGUCAACGAAAUAGAAACAAUAAAAAAUUAA